CCAAUUUCUUUUCCCCACCCUAGCCUCUCUUUUUUAUUCAUUCUCCCAAAUCAAUUUCCUAUCCCUAGCAGAACUCACCGACCAUCCAAGCAUCUCUUUCUCUCUUCAAUCUCACACCUUCGUCUCUUUUCACCACCGUUCACGUCCCUCGUCUGUCUCACGUCCCUCAUCUCUCUCUGAGAUUCAAAUCAACGCUUCCAGCAACAGAUCAAAGCUUCCCACACCCACAUCGGAGGUUCAAUCUCGAGAUUGUGGGUUUAAAGAAUAGAUCGGAGACAUGCAAUAGGCCAUCGCCGUUGCCUGAGUCGAUGUUACACCAUCGCCGUCAAUGCUCAUAUCCACAUCUCCGUUCUUGCUGUUCCCCCUUCUCUAGUUUAGAAGAAGGUACACCAUCAAUGGAGCACCAUUACAACCCUUCGUUAUAUCUACAAGUCAUUCGUGAAGUAAUGGAGCUUUCUUACAAGCAAUAUGAAGUCCGUUGGAUUGCUAAUACAAUAGGAAGUUAUCAAAAUGAAAAAUUUGAUCAAGUUCUGGAGUGGUUAAAUGAAGUGGAUAAAUUCUUAUCUGAGGUCAAUCAUGAAACAUCAGAUAAAACUCUUCACACCAAUUCCUUUUGGUGCAAUAACAUGCUAUCAAGAAUGAGGAAAGUGCGCGCCGAACAUAAUCCAAAUUUAACUUUCCUAAGAGUAAGCAACGUGGGAUCUUCCUCAGUAAAUAUGGCACCACUUUCUUUACGUGAAGAACUCUACUGUGAAAUAACUUUGCUGAUUAAGAUACACUAUGGUGCUAAGGGGACUGCUUCAUAUCUAUCAAAUCAGUAUACAUUCAUUGAAGAAUUUCAGGAGCAGAUAAAUGAAGUGGAACAAUUCUUAGCACAGAUUAAACUGCAACUAGAACAAAGAAUUCCUGUGACGAAUUCUGAUUGGUACCAUCACAAGGUAGGAGAAGCAAGGAGGUUGAUUGACAAAUGUGAAACAGCAUUUUCUCUACAAUCUCAAAAUGUGGGAUCUUCCUCGAUGGAACUGCUUUCGUUACAUGAACAACUCCGCUGCGAAAAGAGGUCGUUGAUAAGCCUGAAAUGUGCUGACUUGAUGGCUGCUAAUUACAUAUCAACUGACCAUGACCUGAAAGAUAAAUUCAGUGAAGAACUUCAGGAGGCGAUAAAUGAAGUGAAUACAUUCUUAAUGGCAAUCAACCAAGAAUUAGAAGGAAAAUUUCUUGAGAAGAAUUUCGGUUGGUACUGUAUAAAGAUAGAAGAAGCAAGGAAGUUAAUUGCCAAAAAUUAUCCAGCAUUUGGCUUCCAAUCUCAAGAUAUGGGAUCUUCCUCAAUACAUAUGCCCACAGCGGAAUCGAAAGCACCUGUAGACGAUGUGGGAUGUACAGAAGAGCAAUACCUGACUUCGAGCCUGCAACAAAUUCGAUUGGAAGAAGGUAUAUCAACAUUGAUGAUGGAGCAGAAUUCCAACCCUUCUUUGUUAUUUCUACAAGUCAUGAGUGAAGGGGGGGAGCUGGUUGUGAAGCAAACAGAAGAGCGUCGCAUUGCUGACAUAUUAGGAAUUUAUCAAAGGAGGUAUCAAAAUGAAAAGUUCUAUGAACUUAUGGAGUGGAUAGAUGAAGUGGAUAGAUUCAUUGGUGAGAUCUCACCGGAAAUGUCAGAUAAAAGAUUUGAGACAGAUUCUGAUUGGUGCAAUAAUGUAAUAGCAAGAAUAAGGAAGUUGCGAGCCAAACAUGGACCAGAUUUAAUAUUCCCAACUUCCUCGCCCGCAAUGGAACCACUUUCCUUACGUGAAGAACUCUGCUGUGAAAUAACGUCGCUGAUUAAAAUAAUUUUUAUUCAGUCACUUGUUUCUAAUGAUCUUCAUGACUUGAUAUCUGAAGUGAAUGAAUUCUUAGCAGAGAUCAAAAAACAGUUGGAAGAAAAAAUUCCUGAGACAAAUUCUCAUUGGUGCUUCAACAAGAUUGUAGAAACAAGGACCUUAAUUGCCAAACUGGAACCAUCAUUUUCUCUUCAAUCUCAAGAUGCGAGAUCCUCCUCAACAGAACUACUUUCAUUACAUGAAGAACUCCGCUGGGAAAUAAGGUCGCUAAUUAGCGUGAAAUGCUCUGAUUUGUUAGUUGCUCAAAGUAGUCCAAAUGAUGAUUUUCUAGAUAAAUACAAGAAAAAACUUCAGGAGCGGAUAAAUGAAGUGAAUGAAUUCUUAACAGAGAUCAAUCUGCAAUUAGAAGAAAAAUUUCUUGACAAGAAUUCUGAUUGGUACCGUAAGAAGAUAGCAGAAACAAGGACGUUAAUUGCCAAACGUUAUUCAUCAUUUCCCAUCCAAGACGUGGGAUAUACAAAGGACCAACACCAGAUUUUUCUCAGCUUUAGAGGAGAAGAUACUAGAUUCGGCUUUACGCGUAAUCUCUAUAAUGCUCUGCGUAAAGAGGGAUUCAAUGUCUUUAUGGAUGAUGACGGAUUGCAAAGUGGGGACCCGAUUUCAGAAGUUCUCAUGAGAGCAAUUGAUACCUCAAAGCUUUCAAUUAUUGUUUUCUCCAAAAAUUUUGCAGACUCUAGCUGGUGUCUCGAUGAAGUUGAUAAAAUACUUGAGUGCAAGGAAAAGAAUGAUCAACUAGUUUGGCCAAUUUUUUAUAAAGUAGAGCCCACAGACGUGAGGCAUCAAAAGAAUAGUUACAAAGAUGCCAUGCUCAAACAGGAAACAAGGUUUGGAGCAGAUUCUAAGAAGGUGAUGAAAUGGAAGUUGUCUUUGUCUAAAGUUUGCAACUUGAAAGCUUUCCAUUACAAGGAAAAUAGUGGGUACGAGAAUGAUUUUAUCAAGCUUAUCAUAAAAGAUGCCAAGAAUAUUAGAGAUCGCUUAUAAGCAUGGACAUGAUCAUGUUAACUAGCGAAGGAAGAUUACACCUUUCUCAUGUUGCACAACAUUACACAAUUACUGGCUCACAAAUGAUUGUGAUUUGAUAUAACCCACGCGUUGCGCAGGGUGUUUUUCAAUAAGUAUUUAUUUUUUAUUUUUACAUUCUUGAAUAAGGUUAUGUUUUGAGUCUUUUGCUUUGAUGAUUGUUUUUGUUUUUAUGGUUAAUUGAGUGAACAUGAUUGUUCUGUAAUGAUUUAUAUUGUGGCAUUCUUGAAUCACACUAGUUCUGUUUGGUGUCA